GGCAGCUCGAUCGCGCAAUUCUCUCUUGAACACUUCAAAAGUUCUCCCCUCCACAACUUGUCUUCUUCUAUAUACCAGCUUUAGAAUCAAUUGGCCCACCAUGUCUCACUACGCGCUCCCUCAGUCCCACAAGGAGCUUAUGGAGAAGUCCUUGGUGGAGACGGAUCCUGAGGUCGCUAAGAUAAUGGAAAAAGAAAUCAAGCGCCAGCGUGAAUCCAUCCUGCUCAUUGCCUCCGAGAAUGUCACCUCCCGCGCCGUUUUCGAUGCCCUUGGCUCGCCCAUGUCGAACAAGUACUCUGAGGGCUACCCCGGCGCACGUUACUAUGGUGGAAACGAGAAUAUUGACGCAGUAGAGCUGCUCUGCCAGAAGCGCGCGCUAGAGACUUUUGGACUGGAUCCGGAGAAGUGGGGUGUCAAUGUACAGUGCUUGAGUGGUAGCCCGGCGAACCUGCAGACAUACCAAGCCAUCAUGAGGCCGCACGAGAGGUUGAUGGGCUUGGAUCUUCCCCAUGGUGGGCAUUUGAGCCAUGGUUAUCAGACGCCGCAGAAGAAGAUCUCCGCAGUGUCAACCUACUUCGAGACCUUCCCCUACCGCGUUAACCUCGACACCGGCCUCAUCGACUACGACCAGCUCGAGCAGAACGCGCUCAUGUACCGCCCCAAGGUCAUCGUCGCCGGCACCUCAGCCUACUGCCGCGAAAUAGACUACGCCCGCAUGCGCGAGAUUGCAGACAAAGUUGGCUGCUACCUCAUGAUGGACAUGGCGCAUAUCUCGGGCCUCAUCGCCGCCGGCGUGAACAAGUCCCCCUUCCCCUACUGCGACAUCGUCACCACCACGACGCACAAGUCGCUGCGUGGACCCCGCGGCGCGAUGAUCUUCUUCCGCAAGGGCGUGCGCAAGACAGAUCCUAAGACGGGUAAGGAGACGCUGUAUGACCUUGAGGGACCUAUCAACUUCUCUGUCUUCCCUGGCCAUCAGGGCGGACCCCACAACCAUACCAUUACCGCGCUCGCUGUCGCGCUUAAGCAGGCCCAGACCGAUGACUUCAAAGCCUACCAGCGGCAAGUCAUCAAGAACGCCAAAACCCUCGAAUUCGCUUUCAAAGAGCUCGGCUACAAGCUCGUCACCGACGGUACGGACAACCACAUGGUGCUGAUCGACCUGAAGCCGCUCUCCCUCGACGGUGCGCGUGUCGAAGCGGUUCUCGAACAGGCCAAUAUCGCCUGCAAUAAGAAUACCACCCCCGGAGACAAGUCGGCCCUCACGCCCAUGGGUAUCCGUAUCGGAGCGCCGGCUAUGACGAGCCGUGGUCUCGGAGAGGAGGAUUUCAAGAAGAUUGCCGGAUACAUUGAUACGUGCAUCAAGCUGUGCAAGAAGGUCCAGGGCGAGCUGCCCAAAGAGGCGAAUAAGCUGAAGGAUUUCAAGGCGAAGGUUGCCUCUGGCGAGGUGGACGAGAUCAACAGCCUCAAGAAGGAGAUUGCGGCUUGGGCCAGCACAUUCCCACUGCCUGUCUAAGGUACAUGCAAGUGGAAUAUGGGCGGCGUUUUUGCUUGGCGUUUAGGAAUGGGCUGUGAGCGGGAUCUUUCAACAAAAGUCGGCUCUGAUACUGGCAUAUUCAACACGAUUUGACACGGGAAAGAGAAGAGGGUUAGAAUGAGUUGACGAUCCUGGACGUUUUUGUACGAUCAACUCCGCUUUAUGAGUAUAAGCCGGUUGCUGCUUAACCAGCAAUGAAUGGCCUUGGCUGAAUGCCCCCCUCCCCGAGUCAAAGCCUCGCAUUCUGAAUGGCUUCAAGCUCAACACCCCAUUGAAUAGCGUACGUACGUAGGCAUAGGUAACCAACAGGUCCGCUCCGCAAUUCUAAUUGCAUUCAUUCCUUU